AAAUACAUUACUCAAACCCUGAGAGAUUGAAGCUGCUGCAUCAAACUUUCCACCCCUGCCGCCAUCGUCAGUGCAGGUCGCUUCCAGCACUGCCAGCUUCUCCGUCUUCGACUACUCUCCCUCUUUUCAAGUGCAGAAUGGUGUCGAAUCAGACUACCAUGGAAAUUGAGACUGGGGCAUCUGAAGCCAAAGUUUUGCCACCGAAGCCAAAGUUUGAGGCGUUGAAGCCUCAUGAGAUGUCUGAUGGACAGAUUCAGUUCCGGAAGGUGAAUGUUCCACCUCAUCGUUAUACCCCUCUCAAGAAAGCUUGGAUGGAUAUCUAUACUCCCAUUUUUGAACAGAUGAAAAUUGAUGUGCGCAUGAAUUUGAAGGCUCGUAGAGUUGAGCUGAAGACAAGGGCCGACACACCUGAUAUUAGUAACCUGCAAAAAUGUGCUGAUUUUGUCCAUGCUUUCAUGCUGGGUUUUGAUGUCAUAGAUGCCAUCGCUCUUCUGCGUCUGGAUGAGCUCUACGUUGAGUCUUUUGAGAUCAAGGAUGUUAAAACACUUAGAGGCGACCACUUGUCUCGUGCAAUUGGAAGGUUAUCUGGCAAAGGUGGUAAAACAAAGUUUGCAAUUGAGAACGCGUCUAAGACAAGAAUCGUGAUUGCUGACACCAAAAUUCACAUAUUGGGAUCUUUUGCCAACAUAAAGAUUGCCAGGGAUUCUCUUUGUAGCCUGAUUCUCGGAUCACCAGCAGGAAAGGUGUAUUCAAAACUAAGAGCAGUUACUGCUAGAUUGGCAGAAAGGUUUUGAUCCUCUCUUAUUCAUGCCAUUAUAGGAUUAUUUUCUUGUUCCCUUAGAUUCUUUUUUAUAACUAUCUAGUUUGUUGAGGAUGAUAUUGUGAUGAAAAUCUUCAUUCAGUUCAGCUAUCCAAGUCCAAAUCAAUCAUUGUUGUGAGUGUAAAGCAUACUGUUUAAGUAAAGUUUUGUCCGUGAUCAUGAAUACAUUGGUACAAAUUAGCGU